AUAUAAAUACCCCACACCACCACAACCCAAGCGCACACACACACACACUAUCACCUUCACAUUCACAUUCCAAAAGUGAUUAUUUCUUCUUUGUGUUCCUCAAACACAUGAGUGUAGGAGGAGCUAGAGAAAACAACAUUAUUAUCAACAACAAAAUAAUAUUACAAUGGAGAGCCAAGAUCAUCUUUCACCAUCACACGUGGAUGCAUCUAGACCGUCCCUUGGUUUCCCUUUGGGCACUGCCCUUCUCUUGAUUAUAAUUUUUAGUUUGAGUGGUAUCCUUUCUUGUUGCUAUCAUUGGGACAAACUCCGUUCUCUUCGUCAAUCUUUCUCUGAUUCCGACUCUCAAAUUCAUUCAUCAAAUAAAUCUAAACUUUACUCCACCGAAUUGAAGCAAAACAGGGGAGAAAGUUUCUCAGUGAUGAUGCCAGGGGAUGAUGUGCCAAAGUUUAUAGCGAUGCCAUGUCCGUGUCAACCAUCACGGCCAGAGAACAUUGUUGUUACUGUCGUGAAGCCGCCUCCGCCACCGCUAAAGCCACCGCAACUAGCAAUUCCUUUGUAUUUGUAAAAAGUUAGGUAGUCAUGUUUUGUUGUUGUGUUGUGUUACAACUCUUUUCAUCACAUGUUGCCACCGUUUUGUUGUUGUAUCAAUGUAUCUAUGGUCUUAUGUUUAUUAUUUACCUAGGACUAGGAAAAUUGUUAACGAGUAAAAGGGUGGUAACAUGUGAUGAGAAAUUGAGAAUUAGAAGAAAGAAGGUUAAUUAGUAGAUUUUUAUGAUUAUAUAUUCUAUUUCAUUCAAUCCUUUGGUGUUUUUUGGUAUGUAAUUAUAUUGAAGAGAUUUAAAUGGUUUAUAAAUUUUAAUUAUAUCGGAAAUAAAAAUUCAAUUUCUCUUUCUCUUCUUCA